AUGCCCCGCGGCUUUCAAGGGGGUCAGAUUAAUGUAUCUUCUGAGUCUUCUUUUCCUUUAAAAUUCCUCGUGGCGCAUCUUGCGGCGAACGAUUGUGUUGUUCGACUCCUGCUUCCAACUGUCGGCGGAUAUCUUGUUCAAUCGGAUUUUUUGGACAGGCGCCUAGUUGAUUGCAACAAUGUUGUGGAGGUGCAGACUUUCAUCUCGCUUGAUCAAUACCUCAAAAUUGUUGACAUUGAUGCUUGUAAUGUGCUCGACAUUGCCGACAUCUCAGAAAAUGCUGUCGGAGCCAUGGUCAUGUCAUCUACAAGCAGAGAUUGGUCCGAUAUCAAAGCUGCAAAAUCCAACAGAGAGCUAAAGAGACGAUUCUCUUUCGCAUGGCAUUGUACAAAACAGACCCCAAAGCGACGUUUGGCAGUGAUCCGUCCUGGACCUCCCUCACACCUCCUUAGUCUCUCAAAGCUUGAAGAUCUUGCGAAAACAGCUGCAUCGCUCAACAUUGUACUCGUUUUCUUUGAUGACCCAUGCCACGGGCUUGCAGAUGCCGAGUGGGAACACCUGCGCGAAGAUUUUGUCCCUAUGGAUAUGGCUUUUACUGAGGACAUGCCUCGGCGGAUCGUCUCGGCAGUCUCCAACUACCCAAAACAAAUCGAUGGCAUCAUUGGCAUGUACGAGCCUCUCCUCACUGUAGUUGCAGAAGCUGCCACCUUGCUAGGCUUCUCUACCUCGUUACCGAAGUCAGUGGCGGCGGCACGUGAUAAGUAUCAAACCCGCCAAUUCGACCAGAGCCUAUUCUGCUAUCGCAUACAAAGCGUUUCAGAUCUUGAAGACGUUCUAGCUCGCUAUAGAAGUGUUUUGCCACUAUCUCUUCCGCUCAUUGUUAAACCAGCGAAUGGGUGGGCUUCAGAAGGUGUAUGCAAAGUAACAUGCGAGGAGGAACUGCGAGAUGCAGUGAUUCGACUAUGGCAACCUCCUUUCUCGGACAAAUAUGGCCGGGACAGCCACGGCUUAGUUUUGGUCGAACCCUACGUUGAUGGACCUGAAGUUGACGCCAAUUUGGUGCUUGUAGACGGAGAAAUCGUCUUCUUUGAAGUUAACGAUGACUUUCCAAGCACCGGCGAUAGCGACGGACAGGGAUUUAUUGAGACCUUGAAUGCCAUGCCCUCUGCCUUGCCAGAGAAUGAGAUGGACGCCCUCCGCCUCAAAGUACAUGCUACAGUCCUAGCCAUGGGCUUUAGGACUGGCAUGUUCCAUGUGGAAGCCCGAGUUCACAAUUCCACCUAUGAUUUCGUCUUAGGGAAAGACGGUGUCCUAGACCUUGAAGCGAAGCCGGAGAUUGAGAACAGCAAAAGUGCAACUCCUACAGUCUUCAUACUAGAGAUCAAUCCGCGACCACCAGGAAUGCGGACGCAUGCAGCUGUUGCCCGAGCAUACGGGGUCUCUUAUCGAAGUGUAGCGCUGCUCACCGCAGUGGGAGAUCACGAGCGAUUGCGGGCGCUGACGGUUUCUUUUAUUGGUGGCGCACAAUACCACAUGCAGGUCUUGUUCAUAGCGGCACAAAAAGGUGGUGUAUAUCAAUCUGGGGACAUCUGUUCCACCGUAUUAGAGCGUGAGCCAGAACUACGCGGUCAUAUUAUGAAAUGCAUGGGAUUUUUGCAUAACGGACAAGAAGUUCCUGAUCCAAGGGUUCGGACAAGCGGCAUCGCAUGUUUCUGGAUUGCUUCUCGGGAAGGGAGGAGAGAAGCUCGUUUGAUUAGUGAGAGAAUUCAAACCUUAGUAUGGGAGAUUACGGACGGCUUUUGA